AAAAGCGAAAUUUGCAAAACUUAAGCCCGAAGAAAAUUGGCAAGGGCAAAAAAGACCUACUACCCCCUCUUCUUGAUCUGUUUCUUCUUCAUUUUGUUCACAGAAGAAAAAUACCAACGGAAAUGGAGGCUAAGAUGAAUCAAUUCUUCGAGUCUGUCACUAAUUUCUUCGGCGGUGGAGACCACGUGCCUUGGUCUACCCCUGAUGUUAUCCUCGGAUGCGAGAGAGAAGUUGCAGAGGCUAGAAAAGACGAAUCUGCGGAUCGAACAAAUGAAAGUAUUAUGCGAUUGUCGUGGGCCCUUGUUCAUUCUAGACAACAGGAAGAUAUGCAACGAGGGAUAGCCAUGCUUGAAGCUUCACUAACAAACACUAAUAGCCCAUUGCAAAAGAGAGAGAAGCUUUAUCUGCUCGCUGUUGGAUAUUACAGAGUCGGGAAUUAUUCGAAGAGUAUGCAGCUUCUUGAUCAGUGCUUGGAGAUUGCGCCUGAUUGGAGACAAGCUCUGUCUUUGAAGAAAACUGUCGAAGAUCGAGUUACUAAAGAUGGUGUUAUUGGAAUUGGAAUAACUGCUACUGCUGUGGGACUUAUAGCUGGUGGAAUAGCAGCGGCUUUGGCUCGCAAGAACUGAUUAUUUUUAUGCUUUUUUUUUUAAAGAAACAAAUGCGCCCUUGCCCUUAUAUGAAUAAAUAUUUGCCCGGAACAUUAAUUAGUCGAAAAAAUGUUUGGUUUUAUUGAUGAUUUGUGUUGGAUUAUUUUUGUUUAGUACCAGGUGGAUAAUGUUAAACUUUGUAAGUGAUUGAGGUUGUUCUUGUAUGACUAUGUUGUAUAGCUAUUUUUCGAAA